UAGGAAAGAAGCAUAGGUCAUUUGCUGAAUGUUUUGUAAAAAAUAAGCAACACUCUUUUCUCCCUUCAAUUGGAGGACUCUUGUUGCUGCUAUUGAAUUCUAUUUCGUCCUUUCAUAGUCAUAAUGGACUAUUCUGGUGAAACAAACACAUACACAUUUCUUCCCAGAAUUAGGAUACAGAGGUAAGAGCACCAUUUUAGUGUGCCUGUGAGUGGGAAAUGACUAUUCAUGUGGGCUGGGUUGGCAUGAGAGGUAUGGUGAUGGGCCAUGGGUUGUAUGGACUUCAUUUUAGGAACUUGGCAUGAGCCCAACACGAGCACAACACGAGCACGUUUUUUGUUAACUAUUUAACAAAAAGAAAGUAUUACUCGUAAAAUUAGUAAGCCAGCUGCACGGGCCUGUCAUGUCACAAAAUUUUCUUGGUCUGUUUCCGCACUUUCAUCAGGGCGCGAGGCACGAGGACGUAAACAACCCAACACGUGUCCAACUCUAACUUUUCAUGAAUAUUUCAACACUCAGGCAGUCAUCCUGGAGUUACUCUUGGGGAGGCAACAGUGGAGAAUCCGAGAAUCUAACACUACCUAUGUCAUAACUUUAUAAGUACCACGUGAACGACUUUAACCAACUAAGCUACCUGUCAUCUAUCUGUUGAUAAACAACUUACAAGUUACAGUACAACAAUGGAAUACCAAAAACAAAAACAAAUAUUUAAAAAUGAUCGGUAAUCUUGGUAUUGUGAUGAGUGGUAGACCUUAGCCACCCAACUAACAUUUGACAAAUUCCCCCAAAAACGUGUGCCACGAGGCCCACGCCUUUGUAAAUAAAAUGGUGAAAAAACAACAUUAUCACUCAUCACUCUUCACUCCCCACAGAAGAUCUCAUGUUCUUGUCACACAUUUCCACUUCCCCAACCAACCUCAAAACCUUAUCUUCCCCACCAAACUCCUCUGUUUUACAACAAUGGAGAAUAACAACAACAUCGUUCUCUACCCAUCACCAGGAAUCGGCCACUUAAUUUCCAUGGUAGAACUCGGUAAACUCAUCUUAACUCACUCAUCUUCCCCUUCCUCCAUUACAAUUCUCAUCCCAAACUUCCCUUUCAUAACUGGAUCAUACUCCUCAUACAUUUCCUCUGUUUCCUCAUCUUUCCCAUCAAUCACCUUCCUUUCUCUCCCCUCUGUUCCUCUCAUCAAUGGUGAUCCAUCAAAUUACGAAAACUACGAACAAAUCACCUUCGAAGUUCUUCGUAGUAACAACCCAAACAUCCAACGAUCACUCGAAUCGAUAUCUGUAUCUUCCCCUGUUUCGGGUUUAAUUCUCGAUUUCUUCUCUUACCCUGCUUUGGAAGUUUCCCAGUCAUUGAAAAUACCCACUUACUUUUUCUUCACUUCUGGUGCUUCUGCUCUUGCUUUCUUCCUUAAUUUCCCGGUUUUCGACAAAAUCGCCACCGAUUCUUACCGGAACCUUCAACUUGAGGUUAAUCGUAAGACUGUGUUUGAGAUUCCAGGGUUGUUCUCUGUUCCUGCUAGUGGUAUGAUUGAGCCGAUGCUUGAUCGUGGUGUGAGUUAUUACGAGUUUGUUAAGAUGGCUGAAACAUUGCCUAAAUGUGAUGGGAUUAUAAUUAAUAGUUUUGAGUCAUUAGAGGUUAAAGCUGUCAAGGGUUUGAAACAGGGGAGUUGUCUUCCUGGUAAUGACAUUCCUCCGGUUUAUUGUAUCGGUCCGUUGAUCGCGAACCGGGGUGAAAGUGAACCGAGCCGCCACGAGUGUUUGAGUUGGCUCGACUCGCAACCGAGCCGGAGUGUGGUGUAUUUGGGGUUUGGGAGUAGAGGGGUGUUCUCUAAGGAGCAAUUAAGGGAGAUAGCUUUGGGGUUGGAGAAGAGUGGAGUGAGGUUUUUAUGGGCCGUUCGGGCCCCACCUAGUGAAGAAAAGGGUGCUUCGUUUUCGCACCCACCCGACCCGGAUUUGGACUCGAUACUACCCGAGGGGUUUUUGGGUCGGACUAAAGACCUGGGUUAUGUGGUUAAGUCGUGGGUACCGCAGAUUGAAGUGUUGGGUCAUGAGUCUGUGGGCGGGUUUGUGAGUCAUUGUGGAUGGAACUCGACUUUAGAGGCAGUGGAUGCUGGAGUGCCUAUGGUGGCGUGGCCGCUCUACGCCGAGCAAAGGUUUAAUAAGAUUUUGCUUGUGGAGGAGAUCGGGAUUGCGCUUCCGAUGGAGGAAGACGAAGACCGGUUUGUGAGCUCGAGUGAGAUCGAGAAGCGAGUUAAGCAGAUCGUGGACUCACAUGAUGACGAAGGAGUAGAUGUAAGGAAACGAGUGUUGGAAUUGAAAGACGAGGGUAAGAAUGCACUCAACGAAGGAGGAUCGUCUAUUGUGGCGUUUACAACGUUAAUUGAAUCAUGGAAACGUUGAAGCGUGAAGAGAGUUCAAUUGGGUAUGUUCCGGGUUAUAAGGGAGUUCAAUUGGGUAUGCUCCGAGUUAUAAGGGUUUUCGUUGCUAUGAACUGAAGUCACUUGUUUAUGUGAAUCAGAAUUUGAAUUAUGAUACUGCUUAUCCUAAUACAAGUGUCUGAAACUCGUAUCCUCCGAUACUUUGAAUUGAUGUUGUUUUUCCUAGUUUGUUCAACCUUUGUAAUGCUUAUGCGACCUCCAAUAAAGUCCCUCAUUUCCUA